GACAAUCGAAAAGUUAAUAGGGGUACCGGUUCAACCAAUGCCGGUGGUUCGUUGCCACCGUUGGUUUGCCAGUUGCCAGUUGCCAUAGCUGGUGUGCAAAUGGUUCUUGGUCCACCAUGAAGCAGCACAAGCACAACCAGGUAACAGGUUGAGCUCCAAUCUCAAUCUGGCCUUCCAACGACCUCCUUGAACUUCGUCUGCUCUCUCGCUCUCGCUUGCAAUGGAUUUCUCCUCUGGUUCUCGUGGCACUCGCAAAAGCCGUGAAAGAUCCGAUAUUUACUCCACAGUCGUCAUCCACGACAACGACGACGACGAAGAUGAAGAGAAGGAAGAAGAAGAAGAAGAAGAACGUCGAAGCCGAGGAUACAGAAAAAGAGAAGAAGAGGAAGAGGACAUUUACGCAACGAUGCUCUGUAAAGACCAUCCCGACGACGACUCAUCUCUCCCCCCUCUACUUCAACGACUCCCUAAGGACUUCGGAACCGCCGGCGACGACGAAUAUGGCGACGAAGAUGACAAUGGAGAUUUCUCGGGGACCGUUAUCGUUAGAACCAACCGCAAUCGGUCUUCUUCGUCGUCUUCGUCAAUGGCCUCGGUUAGGAGGUCGCGUAAUUCGCCUUUUGGAGAUCGGAAUCAUGCUAGCCCCAGAAGGAGAAUGGAGGAGGAAGAUAAUUUCUCUACGUUUGUGGUGAAGUCAACACUUCGUUCAAAUGAUAUAGAGUCGGUGUCGGGGACGGUUGUGAGGCGAACCGGUGGUGGCAGUGGUGGAGGUGGGGCUUAUUCGUCUUCCACUAUGAGUAGGGCUGUGGAGAGUAUGCAAGCGAUUGGGGAAUUAGGGUUUGGGAAGCAGAAGAAAGGGAAUUUUUCUUCUCAGGGCGAAGAUAGUUGGCAGCAUCCAUGUAAGAUAUCAGUUAGUUCAAUUCCUGAUAGCGUUACUAGGGAAGAUCCUUCCACUAAGUAUGAGUUGCUCAACGAACUCGGGAAAGGUUCGUAUGGAGCUGUUUACAAAGCUAGAGACUUAAGGACUUCGGAGCUGGUUGCCAUCAAAGUGAUAUCACUAAGUGAGGGGGAGGAGGGUUAUGAAGAAAUUCGUGGUGAAAUUGAGAUGUUGCAACAGUGCAGUCAUCCAAAUGUGGUCCGCUACCUUGGAAGCUAUCAAGGAGAAGAAUAUCUCUGGAUAGUGAUGGAGUAUUGUGGGGGUGGAAGUGUUGCUGACUUGAUGAACACCACUGAGGAGCCUCUAGAGGAGCAUCAGAUAGCAUAUAUAUGUAGAGAAGCAUUGAAGGGUCUAUCUUAUUUGCACUCAAUUUUCAAGGUCCAUAGAGACAUCAAGGGUGGUAAUAUCUUGCUCACUGAGCAGGGAGAGGUUAAAUUGGGUGAUUUUGGUGUUGCUGCACAACUUACAAGGACCAUGUCAAAACGCAACACGUUCAUUGGCACACCACAUUGGAUGGCUCCUGAAGUUAUUCAGGAAAGCCGCUAUGAUGGGAAGGUAGAUGUGUGGGCUCUUGGUGUGUCUGCAAUUGAAAUGGCAGAGGGACUUCCACCAAGAUCAACUGUGCAUCCAAUGAGAGUAUUGUUCAUGAUAUCCAUUGAGCCAGCUCCAAUGCUUGAGGACAAGGAAAAAUGGUCUCUUGUCUUCCAUGAUUUUGUUGCAAAAUGCCUUACAAAAGAACCACGGCUUCGUCCUACUGCAACUGAGAUGCUGAAGCACAAAUUUAUUGAAAAAUGUAAAUGGGGAGCUUCUGCAAUGUUGCCAAAGAUUGAAAAAGCAAGGCAAAUUAGAGCUUCAAUGGCUGUGCAAGCACAGAAUCAUGCUCUGGGAACCAGUAUAUCAGGAGAUGGAUUAUUGGAGGAAAGAAAGAGUCCAAAAUUAAAUGAAGAUUUUGGAGACACUGUUCCAUCGAGACCUCAAAACAUUGGACUUCAAGUUCUAAAAGAAGUUCAUACGCUUCGCAGUUCAAUGAAGUAUCCGACAUCUACUGGUGGAGAACUGCUUGGAGAAGGUGAUUUUGGGACAGUUAUAGUUCAUGGUGGAGUUGAGGUAGAUAAGCCAGAUCCAGAAACAUCAGUUUCCUAUGUAAAAGAAACCACUACUGUUCUUAAAAACAUUGAAAGUUCUCCUCAUGCACCAGAAGAGAAAUCAUCUAACCUCUGGCUGGAUAAUAUGAACUACUCCGUUGCCAACAAUGUUCAAGAUGCAGAACAAAACCCUGAGCCACAGACAGUGCAUGGACUACCUACUACCCUGGAAUCUCCUGAACAUAAUCUGAAGAUGGAAAGCCAUUCUAAUUUACAGGUUGGAGGUGGCAGUAGCACAUUGAAGGGUAUGAGCACUGGCACAAUGAAAAGUUCAACCAUCAGUAAUAAGCUUUGGUCCAUCUAUGCAGCUGGGAAUACAGUACCUAUACCCUUCUUGAAGGCAACAGACAUAUCUCCCAUUGCUCUGGUGUCAGAUAAUGUGCUUGGGGGUCUACAACAGGAUAACAGUGGUACCAUUGCUGUAGAAGCAGUUCAGGAACUUUUUAGCGGUGAUGGACAGUCUAAAAAAGGCCGAAGGGGACAAAAUGAGAUGCCCCUUCCUCCAAGCGUGUAUCACAGGUUAACUUCAAGUUCCACACUACUGAAUCUGGCGCAGGCUUUAGCUCACCACAAAAUGUGUUAUGAAGAGAUGCCCCUCCAGGAGUACCAAGCAGCACAAGAGCAAAAGACCAUUCAGAACCUUUGUGAUACCCUUAGAACUAUUCUACGGCUGUAGAUGGUUAUAUGCUACACAAGAGAAUUGUUUAUUUCUCCUUUCUUUUGUUUUCUUUCACCCAUUCGAUUUUGUUCUUCUUUGUGUAAUUGGUUUAUAGGACAUACAAACGUUGGUGAAAGUUAAAAAUGGAGAGACAAAGAAAGGUGAUGGAAAAAAUUAGACUGGGAAGUUGACAGGUGGGUCCUGGCCAUUGCUUCUGUCAAUCCUUGUAAAUCAUUAUUAAUUAUUUCAGUGUUUAUGCAGGGUAAUAGUUAACCUGGUUGGGUUUAGGUUU